AUCGGUGAUGUUUAUGAAUCUUCUCACUCAGGUCUCCAACGCGAUUUUUCCGCAGGUCGAAGCCGCUCAAAAAAUGUCGAACCGUGCUGUCGCUGUUCUUCGUGGAGAAACUGUUACCGGUACUAUCUGGAUCACACAGAAGUCCGAAAAUGACCAGGCAGUUAUUGAAGGAGAAAUCAAGGGACUUACUCCCGGUCUUCAUGGAUUCCACGUUCACCAAUAUGGUGAUUCCACCAACGGAUGCAUUUCUGCCGGUCCACACUUCAAUCCAUUUGGAAAGACUCAUGGUGGACCAAAAUCCGAGAUCCGUCACGUAGGCGAUCUAGGAAAUGUGGAAGCUGGAGCCGAUGGAGUGGCAAAAAUCAAGCUCACCGACACGCUCGUCACGCUUUACGGUCCAAACACUGUCGUUGGCCGAUCUAUGGUUGUUCAUGCCGGACAAGACGACCUCGGCGAGGGAGUCGGAGACAAGGCAGAAGAGUCCAAGAAGACUGGAAACGCCGGAGCUCGUGCUGCCUGCGGUGUCAUUGCUCUCGCUGCUCCCCAGUGACUACCUGAAUCGCGUCUCUGAAUCUCCACACAAUUCCUACUAAAGACAAUUUUUCAUUUCUUGCUUUGUCGUUAUAUUCUUAAGAAUCCCGUUGUUCCUACUCCUACUACUGUAUAUUUUCACAUAAAAUUUCUUCAAAAUUUCAAAUAAAGGUUGUAGUUUCCAAUUUC